AGUUUCAAAGAGCGCACUCCGAGGUCUUGGGGGGUUGAUUCAAUGCCUUGACGACUGCCUAGAAACCGCUAACGUAAAGAGACCACGGGAGUCGCAAACAUGAGUGUGGCGGCACAGGAUUCUCGCUGGGAGGCUUUGUGUGUGGAGGAGACCUGGAAUCCGGAGAGGGAGGUGUAGGUCCGUUGGAGAAGAGGAAAUACGCAAACGGAGAGAUACAAACACGGGGAUUUUUUAAUGAACGCGUCGGAAAGGAUCUGCAUGUGAAUAUGACUGUAAGAACCGGAAUCCUACUCUCCUCCGAGGACUGAGCGUCCAUGUGCGUGUUUCACUGCUUCUGCCACAAAGUAAUCAGAUCCAGGGUGUUUGAGAGAAGAUCGGGCAAAGCACAGCGCGAAACACACGCCGGCCGAGAGGGACACACUGCCCGGUGGAUCUCAUACUGCUUCUGAUUACAGCGCCUGCUCGCUCUCUGACCAGGCGGGGUGAAGCGAUGGACCUCGAGGUUCCUCAUGGGCGAGGCACCACUGUGACUUUCGUUCUGUGACCUGGUAACAUGCUGCACGUGUUCUCCGAGCCCGUGACCAUGGUGCCGCUGUGAGGCUCAGCCAAACGUUGUUGUUGCCCCCCUUGCCCUCCCCCUCCUCCCCCCAGUGUUAUGUGAGACCAUGCUUCGCUUCGUGCCCCUGAAGCUGGGCCGUCUCUACCGCUGCCUGAAGCUGCUGCUGCUGCUGGGACUGUCCGUGGUGCUCCUCAUGAACACCCACAGCCUGCUGGCCUCCUUCCAGAAGAACGAGCUGGCCGACCGCCGGUUCCUCGGCCUCAACAAGUGUCCCGGCUGCUUCGGCACCAGCUGGUGUCGCAAGUUUAUGAACGGGCAGCUGUCCUUCGAGACGUGGGGCCGCCUCCGCUUCCUGGACAUCUUCAACGUCAAGAACGUUUACUUUGCGCAGUAUGGCGAGCCAAGGGAAGGCACCAGGCGCGUGGUCCUCAAACGCCUGGGCUCCAACCAAGAGCUGGCUGACAUUGACCAAAAGAUCUGCAAGCGAGCCACAGGCCGGCCGCGCUGCGACCUCGUCCAGGCCAUGUACAAGACAGAGUUUGCACGGCUUAAUGGCGACGUGCGGCUGCUCACGCCUGAUGUGGUGGAGGGCUGGUCGGAUCUGGUGCACUGUCCCUCCCAGAGGCUACUGGACCGGCUGGUCAGGAGGUACGCCGAGACCAAAGACUCGGGCAGCUUCCUGCUGAAGAACCUGAAGGACACGGAGAGGAUGCAGCUGCUGAUGACCUUGGCGUUUAAUCCGGAGCCGCUGGUGUUCCAGAGUUUCCCGUCCGACGAGGGCUGGCCUUUCGCGAAGUACCUGGGCGCGUGUGGGCGAAUGGUGGCGGUGAAUUACGUGGGCGAGGAGCUGUGGAGCUUCUACAACGCCCCCUGGAGGAAGCGCGUGGACCUGGCCAAGCAGCUGAUGGACAUUGCCGAGCAGCUCACCAACAACGACUUUGACUUCGCUCUCUACUUGCUCGACGUCAGCUUCGACAACUUCGCCGUGGGGCCCCGCGAUGGCAAAGUCAUCGUGGUGGAUGCGGAGAACGUGGUGGUGGUGGACAAGCGGCUGAUACGGCAGAACAAGCCGGAGAAUUUCGACGUGUGGUACGAGAGCCGUUUCGAGGAGUGUGAUCGCGAGGCUUGCCUCUCCUUCUCCAAAGAUGCCCUCUGCUCGCGCGUCACCGUCGACCACAACUACUAUGCCAUCUGCCAGAACCUGCUGUCUCGCUACGCCACGUGGCGCGGCACCCGGGGGGGGCUCCUGCACGACCCCCCUGCUGACGUGGCCCGGGACGGACAGCUGGAGGCCUUGCUGGACGAGUGCGCCAACCCCAAGAGACGCUAUGGCCGCUUCAGGGCCGCCAGGGACCUGCGUGUUUACCUCGAGCAGCUGCUCAGCGCUGCUAGGUAAUGAACGGAGUGGCCACUCCCCCGCCCCCGCCCCA